AUGUCACCAAUGGCACGAAUACAAGAAGAUUAUCAUACAUUGAAUCCCUUAUUUCCUUGCAGUGACCCAAUACCAGUUGUAUCAAAACUGAAAAAGAAUGUAUUUAUUUUAUUCGGUGUUUUAAUUGGGCUAUUACUUCUGUCAACAAUUGUAUUAGCAAUCUUAUUUAGUAUUGAAAAAUCGAAAACAACAAUAUCAAUAAAAGCAGUAGAAAAUAAUUUAUGCGUAACUCCAUUUUGUAUCAAAGCAGCCAAUUAUUUACUUGAAAGUAUUGACGAAAGUGUACAACCUUGUGAAGACUUUUUUCAAUUCGCUUGUGGAACAUGGUUAAAAAAUAACCGAAUACCUGAUGACACCGGUGCUCAAGAUACAUUCAAUAUAUUACGAACUCAACUAGACAAUAACGUUGUCGAUAUUUUAACAUCAGAAUUACCGAAUGAUAGUAUUAAAAUUAAAGCUAUUGAAAAUGCACGUCUACUAUAUAAUGCGUGUGUCAAUGAAUCAGCUAUUGAAGCUGCAGGCGUCGAUACCAUACUAUCAGUUCUUGAGAAUGAACUUGGCGGUUGGCCAAUUUUAAAUGGUUUAUCAUGGGAUGAAAAAAAAUUUAAUCUUUCAAAUUUACUACUAAAACUACGUGAAUAUAAUAAUAAUAUAAUAUUUAAUUGUGGCACAUCAACAGAUGAUAAAAAUUCAUCUGCUUAUUUUAUUCGAAUUUCACAAAGCGAUCUUGCUCUUGAACAACGACAAUACUAUUUAAAUGAAACAAAACUCACAAAUGCUUAUAGACAAUUUAUGUAUGACUUAGCUGUGUCAUUAACAAACGAUACAACAGCAAUCGAUAAGGAUGUUCAAGAUAUUUAUGAAUUCGAAAAGAAGAUAUCGCUGUUUCAUUGGACAGCUGCUGAACAACGUGCAAGACAAAGCGAAAUAGUUCGCACAACUAUUGGAAAUCUCUCACGAUUAUUCAAUACAAGUUUUGAUUUUACAAAUUAUCUUCGCCAAACUUACCGUUUAGCUAAUGUUACAUUAUCAGAUAAUGAUAAUGUAUCAGUGAGUGAAGUAGAAUUUUUACGUAAUGUAUCAUUAAUUAUUGAUCAGCAUUCGCCGCGUGUUGUUCAAAAUUAUCUGAUCUGGAGAUUUAUGAUGAAUAGAGCAGCUAACAUGCCGAAACGUUACCGCACUAUAAGAGAACAAUUUGAUAGAGUGCUUCGUGGCACCAAUGCUGAACGUCCACGCUCAAUAUCAUGCGGUUCCUAUGUGAAUAUUAAUAUGGGCUUUGCUGUAGCAAAGCUUUAUAUUAAGAAAUAUUUUGAUGAAAAUGCUAAAAAUCAGUCACUGGAAAUGAUUCAUAAUAUUCGAAGUUCGUUUAUUGAAAUGCUAGAAGAAUCUACAUGGAUGGAUGAUAUCUCGAAACGGAAAGCAAUAGAAAAAGCUUUAGCUAUCGAUGAAAAAAUUGGCUAUCCAGAUUACUUGAAUAGUAAUAAUGUUACACAAUUAGAAGAAGACUAUGCUCAAUACACUUUCACUGAUUCAUAUAUUCAUAAUACUUUGAAAAUAUUAAAAAUUAAAUCUAAAGAAAAUUUCAAAAUCCUACGCGAAACUGUUGAUCGUAAAGCAUGGGGUGCUAGUCCGCCAACAGUUGUCAAUGCUUUUUAUACUCCAUCGAAAAAUCAAAUUGCGUUUCCGGCUGGUAUUUUUCAAUUACCGUUUUUUAAUAAAGAUGCACCCAAAUACAUUAAUUAUGGUGGAAUAGGAGCCGUCAUUGGACAUGAAAUGACGCAUGGCUUUGAUGAUAAUGGUCGUCAAUUUGACAAAGAUGGAAAUCGAAUACUUUGGUGGACGACAGAAACAAUUGAACGAUUUAAUAAACGUAAAACAUGCAUAGUCGAUCAAUAUAGUCAAUAUAUUCUUGAACAACUCAAUAUCAGCAUAAAUGGUAAUCAAACUCAAGGUGAAAACAUAGCGGAUAAUGGCGGAAUCAAACAAGCAUUUUUCGCGUAUCGAAAAUGGGCUCGAAAAAAUGGAAAUAUUGAUAAAAAAUUACCUGGCUUAAUGAAGUAUUCAUCGGACCAGAUGUUUUUUAUCAAUUAUGCACAAGUGUGGUGUUCGAAAAUGACUGAUUCUUAUGCGAUGAAUAGAGUUUUGACUGGUGUUCAUUCGCCUGGGCAAUUUAGAGUACUUGGUCCAACUUCAAAUUUUGAUGAAUUUGAUCGAGUAUUUGGUUGUAAACCAGGGCACGGCAACAGUCGAGUAAAUAAAUGUACUGUAUGGUAG